AUGUGUUGGUUUUGGAGAAAAAUGAGUAUCGCUCAUGCAUAUUUCAUUCACAAAGAACAAAACAAAAGUAAAAUUAAAUCGGAAUUUUAUGAUUCUCCAGGACCGUUUGAAUAUGAAAAAUUCCAUGUUAAAGAAAUGAUUAUGUUGAUGUUUGAUGCUCAUAAUUCAUGUCUCAUGAGGCAUGUGAAUAUGUUGGAUUAUGCUCAUCUCUUGCUUCUCAUUUUAUGUUUUUUUAUGCUGAAAGAAAUAUAA